UUCAGAAAAUCUCGACUUCUAUCUCUUCAUCAUCAGUGACACUUUCCCUCGUCGCUCCCUCACAUGCGAGGUUGGCAGCCGCUCCAGAAGCUUCUAGAAGCCGCCGCGGACUCCUCCACUCCUCUUGCCGCCGCCCGCCUCCACGCCCACCUCCUUCGCUCGGGCCACCUCCACUCCUCCCACCACCUCACAUCUCAUGUCCUCGCGUCCUACCCUCCCGCCCUCGCUCGCCACCUGUUCGAUGAAAUCCCCGUCCCGACCCCGCGCCUUGCCAAUGCGCUCCUCCGCGCGCGCGUCCGUGCGGGCCAGUGGCGCGACGUGCUCCUCCUCCUCCCGCGCCUCCGCGUGCGCCCGGACGCCUUCACGCUGUCCCUCCUGCUCAAAUCCUGCGCCAUGCUCCCCUCCCUCGCCCACGGCCGCGCCGUGCACGCGCUCGCCGUCCGAUCCUGCGCCGCUUACACUGACGCCUUCGUGGCCGCUGCGCUUGUGCAGAUGUACGCGAAGUGCGGCGACAUGGUUGGCUCAAUCAACGCCUUCAAUGCGUUCGAGGAACCAGACAUCGUCCUCCGGACUUCCGUGGUGACUGGGUACGAACAGAACGGGAUGGCACAGGAGGCACUGGAGUUCUUUGCAAGGAGUGUGAUUGGCCAGGGUUUCAUGCCGAGUCCAGUCACUCUUGUGAGCGUGAUCUCGGCAGCGGCACAGUUGAAAAAUGCCCGAAAUGGGCAGGCCUGCCAUGCAUAUGUUCUCAGGAAUGACUUGGAGCAUGACUUGGUUCUGGUCAAUGCUAUUCUUGGGCUUUACAUGAGGAUUGGAGCUGUACAAUCUGCAAGGAGGUUAUUCGAGGGAAUGAUGGAGAGAGACGUGGUCACAUGGAGCUGUAUGGUCACAGGAUAUGUGCAAUCUGGACACGCCUCUGAAGCAUUGAGCGUAUAUAAGAAAAUGGUUGCGGCAGGAGUGAAGCCAAAUGCAGUUACCGUGGUGAGUGUUCUGCAGGCCUGUUCGCUUGCUCUGGAUGUUGAAGAAGGCAAGAGGUUGCAUGACAGUGCUGUCAAGAUAGGUUGCGAACUUGAGAUGACAGUUGCAACUGCGCUGGUUGAUAUGUACAUGAAGUGCUCGUGUCAGGAGAAGGCAAUGCAGUUAUUUCUUCGGAUGCCAAAGAAAGAUGCAGUAGCUUGGGCGGCGGUCAUUAGUGGUCUUACCCAAAAUGGUCUCCCUGAUGAGUCGAUGAGAGUCUUCAAGUGCAUGUUGUUGGAUGGUCCUGUCCCUGACGCUGUCACUAUGGUGAAGGUACUUGCUGCAUGCUCAGAAUCUGGUGUUAUGAAUCAAGCCUUUUGUCUCCAUGGCUAUUUGGUUAACACUGGUUUCUGUGAUAAGACAUUUGUGGCAGCUGCACUUGUGGAUUUGUAUUAUAAAUGUGGAAACUUGGGUAGCGCUGUCAGGGUAUUUGAAAGUGACGCUGAGAAGGAUAUUGUGCUAUGGAGCUCAAUGAUCUCAGGUUAUGGAUUCCAUGGCCUUGGGCAGCAAGCUGUUGCCUUGUACCAAAGGAUGGUCGCUUCUUCAGUUAAACCUAAUAGCCUGACAUUUGUAUCCGUGUUAUCGGCAUGCAGCCACUCUGGACUUGUGCAGCAAGGAAAGUCCAUUUUUAAAAGCAUGACUCGAGUCUAUGGAAUCAUGCCAAAUUCAGAGCAUCGUAGUGCCAUGGUUGAUCUCCUUGGCCGGGCCGGUGAAUUGCAAGAGGCAGCGAAGCUCCUCCAUGAAACAGGUGGGAGGGCUGAUGCUCAUACUUGGUGUGCCUUGCUUGCUGCCUGCAGAGAACACCGUGACACAGAGAUGAGUGAUAUGGUAGCUGCCAAACUACUCAAGCUGGAUCCUGACCAUGUUGGCUACUACAAUCUCAUGACCAAUAUAUAUGCAUUUGAUGAAAAGUGGGACCGUGUAAAAGAGACUAGGGACAUUAUCAAAGAUAGAGGUUUGAAAAAAGUGCCAGGUUGCAGUGCGAUAGAGAUCAAUAAUGCAAUGCACACAUUCACAGCUGGGGAGAGGUCACACCAAGAUUGGGAGAAGAUCUCUACAUUGCUCUGGGAGUUGUCACAAAAGUUGAGACGGGAUGAUUGUUUCUUUCAGUUGGACCGUCACUUCGUGUUUGAAGAUUUCUGAUCUUCUCCAAGCUGAAACAUGAACUUUCAAUACACUUCACUUGGUGGUAAGUUCCUAGAAGGAAGUAACGACAAAAUACCAUAUGCAAGGUAAUAAGUCAUCUUAUAACGAGAAAAAUAGCACAGCUUAGUUUUGCACUAAUUGUAACAUUGUAUAUGCAGGACAGACACUUCCAAGAAGUGUAUAGCUGUAGUCCCCUUCAUUUAACAAUCAGUCAAUCAGCUAUGUAUGUUUUGUAGAUUUAA